CGCCAUCUUUACAAUUCGGACAUAUCAUGGCCACAUGCCCGAUGAAGUGAAAACAAGAAUUUUGCUUGCAGCCUUAUCGUUCUCUCGUGCUUUCUGGAAGGAAUUAGAGAAAGAGGAAGACAAAGAAUCCACACGGAUAAUCCGCAAUCUAACAUCGGACAUAAUCAAAGACACAGACCAAAGAAUGUCUUACAUGGAACAAUUCAAACUCACAAGCAUCAGAACGCCGGCAUACGAGGUCGGAUACGUCACAUACCUGAUCCAAGAGGACUACAGAAAGAUGUUAGAUAUCUACAACACGACCUUUGGUCACCAGACGAAUUUCUAUCCUACGGAGUCGAUAGUUCUCUUACAGGAGGUGGAGAAUCAUUAUUGGACUAUAGAACACUUGUGUAAUAUGCUACACGAGAUCGAAAGGAAAUGGAUGGUUGUCAGAGACCCGAAUGUAGUUAUGCAACCGAUAUCGCUAGAUCCUAUCGGUGGGUUAGGUCUGGAUAAAUACUACGUGGCUCCGUCAAGGAACUUUAGGAGUACAGUGAGGAGGAAGAAGUUUAAGAGACCUAAGGGACAGCCAAAGGAUGAGAGGAAAAUACAGGAAAUCAUGAAGAGGCUGUCUUCGAAGGCCAAGCCGCAGACUAGAUGGUGGUGGCCGUUGGAGUACGGAUGGGAGAUAGAUUACUACUGGUAGAAGCAGAUAUUAUAGAAAUCGUUAAAGAAGCUAUAAGAGAUGCUUCCAAUAUCUUGCUGUCAGAACUAAUAAUUGUUAAUUCUAUUUUGGUGUGCCUCAUUGUCUUCUUUAUGGACUGCAGUUUUAAUAAAUGCCUGUCCCAUUUUUGUCCAUCUUUAUUGAAACUAAACGAACUCACAAAUUGGUACACAUUUCUUUAUGUUGACCGCCCUUUGCUAAACUUCUACAAUUACACAAAAAGGUAUUAUUAUUCACAGAGAAUUUAAUAUUCAGAUUACUACCGAUGAGUAUUGAUCAAAAUUAGUUCGAUAUGAUAUAACUUUAUGAGUAACCAAAACCCUAAUUCGUCGUUCGUUUCAAUCCACCCAUCAAACUCAAAC